AUGGGAAGAAACGAUCAGAAGAACAAUAAGAAGGACGUUCAAUUCGUUCCUCACGUAGAAGAUUCUGCAUCUUCUAUUGCUUGUGACGAGGUACCAACACCCUCAACAACUCAGUGGUCGAAACCUUUAAUAUUGGAUACAUCAAGGAUAAAAAUUGCUAGAUACUAUGAGGGGAAGAAAGAUGAUGAAGAUGAUGAAGAGAGUGAGGACGAUGAAGUCCAGGAUAAAUUAGAAGGGAUUCCAGAGGAGCCAAUAGAAACAACAAAAACAAGCGAUACCCCGCAGCCAGAAACCAAGGAUGUAGAUUCACCUGAACAGGAGGAAUAUGAUUCUAAGGAGGAAGAGGAUGAAAACACACCUGAUCAAGAAGAACGACCACAGUCCACCGAAGAAGAUGGUAAGCCCCCCUCAAUGACUGAAGAAUCGAGUGAGUCGAAAUCGGAAGACUCCAUCUCGACCCCGGAAGCAAGUCCAGCGAAUGAUAGUACAGAAGCAGGGAUUCCCUCCGAGCCUACUCCAAACACCACCGAUGGUACACACCCUCCCCCUCCCGUUCCAGACGCCCCACCAUCAUACAGCAUAUACGACGACGGGCAUUCAUUGAGUAAAGUAGAUUCAUAUCAAUCACAUCAAUCUCAUCAAUCUCAUCAAUCGCAUUCGUCAUAUCCUACAGUUCAUUUCGCCGAUGACUUAUCAUCCACAGGCUCCAAAUCAAAGGGUAAGAGAACGAAAAAGAGUAGCAAGGACAGGAAGCCAGCAGUACCCGAAGUUCCACGUAAGCCGGAAGCUUUAUCGAGCAAGAAGAGUAAAAAGAGCAAGGAAAAAAGCUCAAGGUCUAUUGAGGAAGAACCACCAGCGCCACCAGAGGUGCCCGAUCCACCCCGGGGCGACCCAGAUGAUUCCGAUACACAUUCGAGGGGGAAGAAAAGGAAGGCAAAGGACAAGAAAGAGAAUAGUGGUAGUAAAAGAAGCAAGAGCAAGGGAAAGGUCAUUCCGGAGUCGGUCAUGAUACCAGUACAGAUACCAUGGAAUCCGAUAACAGAGAGUGAGGAGUCUAAGUCGACUGAAUCUGAAGACAUGGAAUCAGUGCAAGAAUCACAGAUGACUCCAGAUGUUGUCGUGCCAGUAUCAGGUGAUUACCACUAUUUCUUGACGAAGUUUCGAGACAUAUUUUUUAGAGCUAAAUGUGCCGACAUUCAUUUAUCCCCAUACGCUAACUAUCAUCCUAAAGAUCUAGAGCCCACACUCUCAUCAGACGAUCUCCAAGGCGAGAAUAUAGAGGGCGGGGAAACAGUACCUAUAUCUGAGAGCGAGCCGACGCAACCUAAAGAACUUUCAAUUACAGAAGAGACAUCGACGAGUGAUGUACCAGCAGCGGAAGACGUACAGUUGGCAGACGAAGACAUUCUGAGCACGGAAGAUAGUCCCAUUAUCACCGAAGAAGUUCAAGUCCACGAGCAAAUCCUUAUUAUAAACGAAGAGAUCGAAAUCAAGGACGAUAAACCCACGGUUGCUGAUGGAUUAGACAUAGAUACAGAAGAUCCCGAUAGCGAGCUUAUUCCGGAAACCAUAGCGGAGAUUCCUGUCAAUGGCGAGGAGACUUCUACCCCGGAUGAACAUAUUCCACAAGAUCUGGAGCCCACUGGAGAACUUUUGAACAACGAAGAGAGCCCAUCAGCAAGCGAAGAUAUUUCGGCUACUACGGAUGAGACCGCGGCUACUAGAGAAGAAAUCUCAGACCCCGUCAAGUCGACGCCAGACACUGCCACCAGUGAAGAUGAGAUGGGUCAUGUGGAAGCACCCGCAAUAAACGACGAGACGCAGCAGAAGGAUGAUGUUCUCGCAAGUGAUGAGCCGGAUGUUAUGGAAGAGAGUACAAGUCCCGACGAGGAAACACUACAUCCAGAUGAGCAUGUGUCCGAGGAGACCAUCGUGUCAGAAACCCAACUCGAAGUUCAACCGAGUGAGGAAUCUAUUGAGAAAGGCUCUCCCGAAGAGCGCUCUUCUCAAGAAAAGAGUUCCGAGCCGAGCGAGCCGGAAUCUGUACCCAUCGAUCCCGCAAUGACCGAGAGCGUCCUUCAAGUCGAAGAGAAUGAAGAAUCUAGCGAAGGCAAUCAAGAGAGUUUGACAACUUCUGAAGAAGCUGAUCCGGACCAAUCAAGCACAGAAUAUUCGAAUGAAUCUCAAGUCGUCGAAGCCGAAGUGCUAAGCCCCGAAGAAACUGGAACCGAGAAGAUUGAUACACCAAAGGUCGAGGAAGAUCACGUGGUCGAGGAGUCUAAGCCGGACGAAUAUACUCCUGAGCCAACCGAGGACGUCAUUAGAGAAUCGGAGCUUGAAACCAUCUGUGAUGAUACUAGAGCUACUGAAGAGCCAUCAGAGAACGCCGAGAUAGGAGAAGUGGUAGAUGAUGCGGAAGAGUCCACUGUCAAAGACGAUAUCGUUCAGGAACUAGCACCUGCAAACGAUGUCGAUGAAGCGCUAGCUCUUGAACAUGACACGACUGGAGCGUUAGCCGUGGAGACCCCGGAUAUCGGUAUAGAGGCGAUAGAGUCAGAAAUCGCUGAAUCCAAUGAGGAUGUUCAAGAUAUUUCAGAUGUUCUAGUUAACGUCGAGGAACCGACACAUGCCCAAAAGGAUGACCCUGCUGAGAUUGAUGAACCGAAACUCGAAGCAGAAGUCGAAGAAUUGGCAACUGGUAUCGAAAAUGCGCAGGAAUCUUUAGUGAGCGAGGAAACCUUGGAUGAGAGUCACGUGGAAGGUGCAUCAGCCAUAGUUGAGGAGAAUACAGGAUCAGAAACUUUCGCACCAACCGAACAGACAUCGCUUGAUGUAGAAGAAAGCGAUGACAAGUCGGGGAUCGAAGAAGCACCGGCUACCGUUGAUCACCCUCAAGAAUUGCAAAAAUCCGAAGAAUCUCCCGCCAAGACCGAGGAAGUUCGAGAACCACAAGAAAAUGACGAUACAGAAGAAGAAUCCAGAAUUGAGGAGUUUGCCGUAUUUGAGAAUAGCCAAGAACAAGAGGAUACUUUCACCGAUGGAGAUGUUGAAGAUUCUCACGAAUUCCCAGAAAGUGACGAGAUCGCAGAUUUACUUAUGCCUGAACAAGACCCGGUCGUAAUUGAAGAGGUAUCCGAACAAACUCAAGAGGAGAAGUCAACAGAAGAGGUCGCCAUCGUAGCUCAGGAUAUCCACGAAACCCCCGAGAUAUUAAUAGAGACUGAUAGUAAAGUCAUUCCUGCCAAUACCGAAGAGAUUUCUGGGCCCUCGAGCGAGGAAUCGCAAGUCGGACCUGCGGAGGAAGACUCCAGCAUAAAUUCUCAAAAAUCGUCCGCUACUGAAGAGCAACAAUCAGAAAGUCCAGUCGAAAGCUACCCAGACAAUACCAAUCCUGGGUCGAUUGAAGAACCGCAGGCAGAGCCAUCUAUUAUCAAACAAACCGAUGACUUCGAGGUGGAGGAGCUGAAAGAAUCCGACCCAGAGGAGUCGGAAAAUGAGGCGUUAAGCUGGGAUGGCGAUUCUAGCGAUGACAAUUCGGACUCUGGCGACGAGCACGAGAACGGAGAAAUUCACGCUGUUGAUGAAAAUGACCCUGAAUCAACCGAAACACAGGAUGAUUCACCCGAGACUGAAGAAAUCAAUGUUUUUGUUCUUGAGAGUGAGCCAAAAGAGGCCUUGGAAGUCCCCGUGGAGAAUCUUCCUGGAUCAAUGGAUGAGGAGGAAGAUAUUCAGCCCGUAAAAACGGCCACCGCUAAAGAAGUCAAUGAUUCAGUGCUCCAGGAACAAUCAAUUGAGAACUCGGACGCACUUGUAGGAAAUCCUCACGAUUCGGUGGAUGAGAAGGAACAAACUCAGCCCAGCGAAGAGACUGAAAUUGAAGUUGACCACGUUCCCGUGCUCGAGCAAGAAGCUAUCGAGAACCCGGAUGUUCCUGCUGUGGAUAAUCUCCUGGAAUCAGCCGGUGAGGAAGAGACACCUAUCGAUGUUUCAGAAACCGCUCCAUCUCAGGAAAGCGAAGAUCCUGCUGUGGAUAAUCUCCCGGAACCAGCCAGUGAGGAAGAGACACCUAUCGAUGUUUCAGAAACCGCCCCAUCCCAGGAAAGCGAAGUUCCUGCUGUUCAUGCUCUAAUGCAAGACAUGAAUCAUGUCCCCGAGAUAUCUGCCGUCGAAGAUAAUAGCCCCGAGCCCGUCGUGGAGGAGAAAGAACCUAUUCAGAUAGAUAAAAUCAUCACAAGCGAGGAAAACAAUAUUCCUGGGGAAGAAUCUAUCGAAAAUCUGGAUGCCCCGGUUAUGGAAGAUAUUCCCGACCCAGUCAUUGAGGAGGAUAAACCCAUCGAUGCUUCAGGAAAUGUACUCCCACAGGAAAUCGAUCCUCCUAUUCCUAAGCAAGAGUCGACUGAGGUUUCUGAAAUACCCGCCGCUGAAGAAGAUAGCCCCGAUUCGAUCAUUGAGGAGAAAGAACCCAUUCAGUUGGAAGAACUCGUUUCAAAUGAAGAGUCCACUGUUCCAGUCCUAGUACCAGAAGAACAAUCGAUUGAGACUCUCGAAGCUCCCGCAGCUCCAGAAGAGGUAAAGCAGGAUGAGGUCACCGAAGAUAUUCCUACCACUACGGAAUACGAGCCUGCAACCAUCGAUGACGUACAACCACCCCCGGUAGAAGGAGAUGAAGUCACGCCAGCUGAAUCAGAAUCUGUACCUGUUGAUCCUACGCCCAUCGAGACAGUGGUAGAUGAAGAACCAUUGGUAGAAGCACCUAAGGAGGAGGACGUUCCAGAAAUAGAGGCUGAACCCGAGUCAACAUCAACGGACACUUUUCCCAUCGAAGAGCCUCUCACCGAAGAAGCUACUCUUAAACCUCCCCCAGUUGACAUUGCCGAGGAAUUAGCGAUUGAAAAUAAUCCCGUGCUCGAAAUCAUUGAGUCAGAAGCUCCUACUGGGGCCGACCUAAUUUCAUCCACUCCACCACCAACAGAAUCCAUCAUUGAAAUUUUGGAGGAAGAGGAACAAGCACCACCUGAGUCUGAACCUACGCAAAUUGAUGUCGUUGAACCAGCUGAGGAGGUUCAAGAAAAUGAACCGCCUGGGAUCGUUGAGAAGGUAGAGGAGGAAAGCUUGCCGGUAGAAGAAGCUCCAGCUGCUCAAGAAACAGGUGAAGAAGUUAUCGUUGAGCAAGCUGAAGAAGCUGUGGCUCAAGAAAUACCUCAAGAAGUUCCAGUGACAGAUGACCUUAUUGUGGAACAUACCAUCGAAAUCGGAGAAUCACCCGAAGAAGCUAUUCAGGAACCAUCAUACGAUCCGCCUUCUGUUCCAGCCACAGAAGAAAUUACCGAGUCUCAGGAAAUUAUACAAGAAGCCAUACCUGAGCCCCAAAUGGCUAUUUCAACCCCAGAUCUCAUUGAAGAGCAAGAUGGACUUCCAACAGACGAAAAGCCAACCGAAAUAGAAACCGAAGACUUUGCAGCUGUUGCCUUUGCAGGACUUGCAGGUGCAGCCGCAGUCAAGAUCUCAACUGAUACGGAGGAGAGAGCGCCGAUAAUCAAUAAAGCUUUGGUAGACGAGCCGGAUAGCAUUGAAAGUCGUGAGAAUAAAGAAGUGCAAUCUCCCUCCAAGCCGGACAGCUUUGAAAGUCGUGAGGAUAAAGAAGUCGAAUCUAUUCCCAAGCCGGAUAGCAUCAAAAGUCGUGAGGAUAAAGAAGUGGAAUCUCCCUCCAAAUCGGAUCAAUCGGAGAAUGACAAACGUAGACAUAGGAGUUCGAGACACCACUCAUUCAGUCAUCAUAACCCGAGCAAAUUCGAGGAAUAUCCACCUUCGAGUCGACCUGAAGAGCAGCCACGACGUCGCAGACAUUCCCACAAUCAAAGAUCCAGUGGCGUGACUAGUGAUAGAGAAGAUGAUAGAGAGAACUAUCGUAGUCACAGAUCUAGCCAAAAGGAGGAAGAUAAGGAGCGACCAGAGCGUUCUCAUCGUCGCCGAUCAAGUUAUAGAGAAGACGACCCAGAGCGCUCCCAUCGACGUAGGUCUAGUCGUAAAGAGGACAAGGAAGAUAAGGAGGACAAGCAGGAGCCCGCUCGCGGAGUUUCUCCAGCGAAACAAUCUCCGGACCGUCGAGAUAGUGCUAUUGAGGGUGUAGAUGAUGAGCGUGAACGUCGCCGACGUCAUCGCAAAGACCGUAGUCGAAAUGAACAAGAAGAACACGACAGGAAAAAAGAGGAACGCCGAGCGGCUAAAAGAGAGGCAGCAAUUAAGGCCGAAGAUGUCUUCAGAGCAGAAGAAGCACUGAAGGCUGAGGAAGCAAGAGCUAACGAGGUAAGAGCUAACGAGGCACUCCAAAAAAGGAAGGCAGAAUCCAUUCCUUUAUCAGCGGUUCCAAAGCGAUCAGGAUCACGAAGAGAAAGCAUCUCGAAGCCAUAUUCCAUUACUCCUUAUGAAAGUGAUAACAUCAAGUCUCGACUUCUCGGUCUCAAGAAGCGUGUUCAAAGUGAGGUUACCAGUCCAUUUAUGGCCAAUUAUGAGCCACAUAUCAAGGAGAAAGUUACUCCUGUCACACGCUCCAGAAGAGAUUCUGUUGUCGAUGAACCGGGGCCUCCUCAAUUUGAUAUAACUCUCGAACGCCCAAAGAUGAGUUCUAGUACGAAAAAGUCAUCUCGCUCAUAUCCACAUCAUUCGCACUCUUUCUCUCGGAGAGAGUCCGAACGGACUUCUAGUUCCAGAAAAGAGCCAAGUCGACGAGAAUCAACCACGGAGAAGUAUAAGGCGGAGGAGGAUAAAGAGGCAAGAAGAGCUCGUAGGGAGAUGAGGAGACAAGAGAAGCUUGCCGAAGAAGAAGCAGAAGCGGAAAACCGACGUCAAAGAGAAAAGGAUGAUUAUUUGAGACGUCAACACCGUGAAGAGAGACGAAGAAGGCGAGAGGAAAGGGAUAUCGAGGAACGUGAGGCCAAGGAGCGAGAUAUCAAAACUCGAGAGGCCGAGGAGAGGAGCGACAAUGUAAUGGAACCAAUCCUUGAAAAAGAUAUCGAGAACGAAGAAUCAAAACCUAGCUCAAGACCAACUACCCGCGAGAGACGACCGACGAGACCACACCAUUCACAAUCUCAGAGUUCACGAGGCUCUCGUCCGGAGAUCCCCGCAUCUCGAGGAUCUCGUCCUUUGGAAAAACCCGCGGAGAAACCAGCGGAGAAACCCAAGAAUGCUUUCAAGAGCUUUAUGACGUUGGGAAAGAAGGUCUUUGCUUCGGAUAAGCAUCGAUCUUGA